AUGCAGCCGCCCCGAGCGCCGCGCCCGCUGAGGCUCUGGCUCGGGCUGUGGCUGGGGCUGGGGCUGGCGCCGCCACCUGCCGCCCUCGCGCGCACCAGCUGGUGGCACACGGCCGUCGUCUACCACGUCUACCCGCUCUCCUUCCUCGACAGCAACGGCGACGGCGUGGGAGACCUCAACGGGGUGAUCCAGAAGCUGCCGUACGUGGCCGACCUGGGCGUGGACGCGCUGCGCUUAGCGCCCGUCUUCCGGCGCGGCAUGCACGGCUGCCCGGAAGCUGGCGUGGUGGACUUCCGGGCGGUGGCCCCCGUGCUGGGCACGGCCGACGACAUGGAGCGCCUCCUGCGGCGCGCCCGCGAGUUUGGUCUCCGAGUGAUUCUCGAUAUUGAACCCAACCAUUCAAGCAGAGAUCACGAGUGGUUCCAGAAAUCUGUGAAACGUGUGGCGCCUUUCACUGAUUUGUAUGUCUGGAGGAACGGCAAGGCCAAUUCAAGUAACAACAACGGCAUUCCAGAUCCUCCAAACAACUGGCUCAGUGUCCAUGGAGGAUCUGCUUGGGAGUGGAAUUCGGAGAGACAACAAUUCUAUCUACAUCAAUUCGGUGUUGAUCAUCCAGAUUUUAAUUAUCGACAUUAUAAAGUGAUAGAAGAAAUGAAGGAUAUUCUCACUUUUUGGCUCGAAAAAGGAGUUGCGGGUUUUGCGAUGAAGGACGUUUCGUUUUUGCUGGAAGAUAACCAAUUUCAUGAUGAACGAGAGUUAUAUGAUCGAAAUAAUUCAUCCACUGACUAUUCAUCUUUAACUCACGUAUAUACCCACGAUGUCAAUGACACAUAUUCGUUAGUAGAAACAUGGAAACAGUUGUUGGAAACGUUUGCUCACAAAACCGACCGAGUAUCCAGGCUGCUGAUGAUCGAAGCUGAUCCUGAUCACAUAAUGAACUACUACGGCCCUUCGAUAAGUCAAACGGGAGGAGCAAACUUUCCCAUUAACUCCUUCUUCGUCGCACAAUUAACGAAUGAAUCAAACGCCAUGGACUAUAGCGAAGCUGUUCAUCAUUGGCACGUGUAUAUGCAUGAUGGACGAUGGCCUAAUUGGAUGCUGGGGAGCCCUGACAUAUCACGAGUGGCCUCAAGAAUCAGCCCUUACCUCGUAGAUGGUCUCAACAUGUUGCUCAUGCUUCUGCCAGGAACUGCACUGUCUUACAGUGGCGAAGAAAUUGGAAUGACAGAUACGGAGAUGUUAAACUUCAACAAAAGUCGCUGUUUUAAACAUUGUCAUCUACAACCACGCAAUUGGCAUCAAAUUAUUUCGAAAUACUCGUCAAGAACUCCAUUCCAGUGGGACUCCAGUACCAGUGCUGGCUUCUCGACCAACAUGUCAACUUGGUUACCAGUGAACAGAAAUUACCGUGCUGUUAACUUACACCUCCAACGCGCAGCGUCCAACAGCCACUAUCGCGUGUUCAGAAGAUUAGUGGCAAUGCGCCAGGAAGCAACAAUUCGGAAGGGCCAACUUGCUAUGCACGCUCUCUCUGAUUUUGUGUUGUCAUUUUCCAGUGAUCGUGUGCACAGUAAAAAGAUUGAGCUUCAACCAUAUUCUUCUGUUGUUGUAACCACAGGAAAAGCAUAUGAAUAUCAGUAUCCAAAUGGUGUAUCUUCAGUUCAUUUUGAAUUCACGAUUCACUUAUUGAAUUCUCUAUUUACUCUUAGUUUAUUACUCAAACCUCAUUUUUUUCUUACAGUAGAAAUACCAUUUUUUCCUUCAUUCAACAGUGAGUGCAUUGUUGCAUCGUCAAAGACUAUGAUCACUGGAAUGCAAGGACUCGUGGAAGUGUCAUUGCAAACAUUUAAAAUUCACUGUGCUUUG